AUGGCUACCAAAUUACGAAGUAACGCAGAAUUAGAGAAGAUACGCGAGGAGGCGGCAUCACCGGAUUUGGGCGCUGGGAUAUCGUUGGCUGACCUAUUUGAAGAAUUGAAAGAAGAGUUGAAGCCAGUGCAGAAUACCACUACAACGAAACCCACUUUCGAACAGAUCCAGCACGAAGUGAAUAACGUGCCAUCGUUGGACGAUUUCGAGGAGUCAAGUUUAAAGACAAAGUCGAGUACAAGAGCUAAUAGCAGGAAGGUGCGGAUCCAGGACGACCCGGUCAUAAAACAGAGAGCUGCCAAAGAGGAUCACAAGCAGAAAGGAGCUGGGUCCAAAUGGUUUAACAUGCCCAAAACCGAGAUUACGCCUGAAAUCAAACGCGACUUGAUGAUUAUUCAGAAUCGUGCUGCUCUUGAUCCUAAGAGGUUUUACAAGAAGGACAAAUGGAAAGUGCCAGAACACUUCCAGAUGGGAACACUUCUGUCGAACGCAGACGGUGUGAUAGAAGGAAGGUCUGUUGGUAGGGCCAAAGGCAAGGGUCUCAUUGAUGAGAUUAUUCACGAUGAUCAAACUCAAAAGUACUUCAAGAGACGUUAUCAGGAGAUUCAAGAAAAGGCAACCUCCGGAAGGAAAGAUCACUACAGAAAGUUGAAACAGCAAAGGAAGAAAUUUUGA